UAAGAGUUUACCCGUAUAUAUACUGGUUUGAAACCAGAAAGCAACCAGAUCACCAGUUCCUUUCAGGCAGUAAGCACAGGCAACACCUCAACGCGCAGAUCAAAUCAUGAGAUUAACUGUAGCAGUAACAGGGUUAGCAGUGUGCAUAGCUGGAGCUUUAGCACAAGCUAACUUCGGAGAUUCAUCUUCUUCUUCAUCAUCUUCAGCAGAUCAAGCAAACACAGAUACCAGAUUUCUUGGAAUUAUUCCCGGAUUAUCAACUGGAAGCGCUAACACGGAUAAUCUCAUUAAUGGAGGUUUACUAGGAGCUGGAUUAGUAGGAGGAGCAGGUUUACUGACAGGAGCAAUAAAUCCAGGAGUUUUAGGUCUAGGAGGUAACCCCUGCGGCAGGAGAAAAAGACAGGCUAACGGAGAACCAAACACCAAAUUUUUCCUCCCCAACAACAACUGCAAUAACCCUUGUGGACGGAGAAAACGUCAGGCUGCCGGAGAUGGAAACGGAGAGGAUAAGACAAAUACAAGAUUCUUCCUGGGAGGAAACAAUAACAAUUGUGGAUUUAACAAUGGCGGAUUCAACGGUGGGUUUAACAGCAACCCAUGUGGUCGAAGGAGGAGACAGGCUACUGAAGGCGGUGAAGGCGGUAACUCAACCAGCACCAGAUUUUUCCUCGGAAGCAACAACAACGGCUGUGGCGGUGGAUUCAACAACGGCGGUUUCAAUAAUGGUGGAUUUAAUAAUGGCGGUGGCUUCAAUAAUGGUGGCUUCAACAAUGGCGGAUUCAACAAUGGCGGAUUCAACAAUGGCGGAUUUAACAAUGGUGGAUUUAACAAUGGCGGCCGAGGAUGCCAAUGCACACAGCUGACUAUCAACAAUGGACGUGAAGGCGCCUGUAGAAGUCGCGACAAUACCGGUCGGGCUUGGUGCUACACUACCGGAUACGGGGGAAACUGUGGAGAUUAUCAGAACUCCCAGCAGUAUCCCAGCAAUCCCUGGUCAUACAAUGCCUGUAACAAUCAAUUCGGGAAAUAAAGAAGACGACAUUCAACAUUCUCCUCCUUUUUAUAAAUUUUUUUAAAUUUUAGGUAUCCUAACAAUCCUUGGUCAUACAAUGCCUGUAACAAUCAACAAAGAAACGGUAAAUAAAGAAGACGACGCAG